GCCGUGCGGUGCUAUGAUGCAAACAGGCGACCGCAUCAGGCGGCACUUUCAGGGGGGCGGCAAAAUCACUGGACUACAUUUAACAAAAAAUUGAAAUGCAGCGAUUUUAUUCCUAUGUAUAUUACUCAUCUGCGCUUAUUGUCGGUACCAUUUGCAAUGGCGAGCGUUCGGCGCCGUUAGAUUUUUUAUCUGAGGGCGCAAAGUGUUUGUGAUAUACCGCGCGCGGCACCGCGGCCGCUUUUUAAGAGCUUGGCGGUAGGCGGCAUGUAUCACAAAAGACAAAAGACAAUUGCACGUGUUAGGUUUUUUACUUAUUCUUUGAGAUGGCGAUAUUUGAUUUUCAUGUUAGUUGGUCUCCAACAGCAGACUCUUCAACAAGUAUCAGUACGUGUUGUGGUGCGUUGUUAAAUGCCUACGUUUUAAAAAGCCUAAAAAGGUAAGAGAAUUGAAUUAUAGCUUUUUAAGUGCGUAAUUCCUAUCGAUUUUUACAUCAAGUUUAAAUUUAAUUUACGAUAUAUAUUAUAAGGUACAUACCCACAUAGCACAAAUGACUGUUUGCCGGCUGAUAGUCGACAUUUUUUAGUCACCUUGAAGUCAACUUUUUAAGUCGACAUUUAGUCUACUAUCUAAAGGAUGGUUUAUUGUCGACUUUAACUAUAGACUGAAAGUCGACCUAAAGUCGACAUUAUAUUGUGUGUCUCGUUCUCGAUGAUAGUAUUGUAGUCAUGCCUGCCAUGCCUAACAUCACAACGUUUAGCGCGCCUUUGAAAGAAGGUGGCGCCCUCCACCAUCCUUCCACCACACCUCCUGGGCCCUUUCCUUCAUAUUGUUUCGUUGUGCCGAAACAUCGAGACGUUUUUCUUGCGCGUAACAAGUCAAAUUAGAAUCCAGCCUUUUUUUAAUCAUCUAAUCGGAAAUGUCGAAGGAGAAAAAGAGGAGCCGUCCCAGAUCGAGGUCGAGGAGUCGUCAUAAGAGGAGCAGGAACGAGGAAAAACUCGAAAAAUUGCAAGAAAGAUUAGAUAACCUUACAAAGGUGGUAGAGACACUAGUCGUUGUUCAAGGGGCACAGGCCCCACCCAACGCAGAUUCACGGACCGAGGCGGUUGGAACUGAGGACAAGGAGAAUCAGUCACCAAGUGUAGCUAAGACGCCAGAUAUUAAUGAGGCUCAGGUGGUCAAAGAGGUUAUAAACUCGGAUCACACCCCAGAACAGGCAACAAAUAAUGAAGCCUUGAAAGUACUCGGAGCGGACCCCAGCGAUUUAAAAUUCAAAAAGAUUAGCUUCCAUCCGGAACUAAAAAACACAUGGAUGAAGUGGAAGAAGGAAGGUCUUCCAGAGAAAAAUAAAACAGAAAUCCUCGAAAGCUAUGAUAGAAAAGGGGAACUUUACAUGGAGGCACCCGAACUAAACGAGGAUGUGCUCCCAUUAUGCAAAGGAAUUCCUAAACAACGAGACGACCAUUUUGUAAAAACACAAAACUGUGUCGGGACUGCUAUAGUCGCUCUGGGAGCCGCAAUCACUUUACUUUUAGAACAGUCAGAAAACGGCAUUGAUGAGGAAGAACUGACUGAGUACAUUAGCCACGCAGGUCAGAUCAUGGUCCCCCUCGUGGUGGGCCACCUUGUCGUGGUGAGGGGGCUUGUAGGCGGGCGUCGGUCUGGAGGCCGCUGAGUGCCGUUUUAGGCACCGGCGGUCUCCGGGACUGGCGCUCGUCGACUAAGAGCCUACCCUUCCCCUGAACAGGGGAAGCAGGGAGCCCGACGACUCCGGUCUCGGCACUGUCCUCCCUUGUGGGAGGACAGGGUCGAGACCACUC